UCGCGGCGAGGUUUCACUACAGAGAUGGCUGCGAAAGUGUGCAGAUCAGUACUCCUGUUGUCCCGGAGCAGCGGAGCGGUGGCCGGCAGCCUCCCUGCACUUGUUGUGUCUUCACAGCGACAUCAUCAGCACAUAAGACCGCAGGAGGUACUGUCUGCUCCUUUCACCCGUCAGACUGUCAGGAGAGCACAUGGCCUACGGUCAGCAGCCCACUCAACACUCUUCAGCCAGCCUCCCACUGCCCUGUCUCCACAGGUUUGGAGGGGCGCCCCCUCUUGGCAUGGCCAGAGACUUAUGUGUACCUCCGCUGCUCCAGAAGAGGUGACAGUGGUGUAUCAGAACGGGCUGCCAGUGAUCUCAGUCAGUUUGCCGUCCAGGCGAGAGCGCUGUCAGUUCACCCUCAAGCCUCUCAGUGACUGUGUAGGAGUUUUCCUGCAACAGCUCCAGGCGGAGGACAGAGGCAUCGACCGGGUAGCCAUCUACUCCACAGAUGGAGCGAGAGUUGCCUCCUCCACAGGUAUAGACAUCCUGCUGCUGGAUGACUUCAAGCUUGUCAUCAAUGACACCACACACCUCGUGCGGCCACCGAGGAGAGACCUGCUGCCCCAUGAGGAGGGGGAGAGGCUGAAUGAUGUCAAGUUUCUGGUGCAGCAGCUAUACACCACCCUGCGCAUCGAGGAGCACCAACUCGGCAAAGAACGUGAGCUGAUUGGACGACUGGAGGACCUCAACUCUCAACUCCGCCCCCUAGAGAAGGUGAGGGAGGAGUUGAGUAAGAAGGCAGAGCGGCGUACCACCUGGGUGCUGUGGGGCGGCAUGGCGUACAUGGCCACCCAGUUUGGCAUUCUGGCCAGACUGACCUGGUGGGAGUACUCCUGGGAUAUCAUGGAGCCCGUCACCUACUUCAUCACCUACGGCACUGCAAUGGCCAUGUACGCCUACUUUGUGCUCACACGCCAGGAGUACAUUUACCCCGACGCUAGAGACAGACAGUAUCUGCUGUUCUUACACAAGGGGGUGAAAAGGACACGCUUCGAUGUUGAGAAGUACAACAAGCUGAAGGAUGAUAUCGCUGAGGUGGAGUUGGAUCUGAAGCGUCUUCGGGACCCGCUCCAGCUCCAGCUCCCAGUUCAGCAGUUCACCGCCGAUAAAAAUUGAUGGGAAGAAUGACUCUCUCCUCUCUCAGUUCCUACGAAUCCCCCCCCCACCCCCCCACCCCUUCCUAACCCCUAUAUCCCCUCCCUCUGUCCAACAACCCGCCCCUCCCUUUUUCCUCCCAAUAUCAAACCCUCCCUCCUCCCCAUACCUCCCACACCCAAUAAGCCCAUCCCCUUCUGACUGUGGGAGUUAGUUUUUUUCUUCCUUUUUUUCUUCCUUUUUUUCCCUUUUUUUCCUUUUUUCUUUUUUUCUUUUUACUUUCCUCUUAAAAAAACUCCAGCUGGAAUUUCAAGUGAAAACCGCUAAAACACAAAGGAUGGUGAGAAUACCGGGAACUGAAAAACUCUCACAGCCUGAAGGAUGGUGAGGAUGAUGAAAAGGAUGACGACGACGAUGAUGAUGAUGAUUAUGAUGAUGAUGAUGAUGAUGAUGAUGAUGAUGAUGGAAUUAAACUGGGCACUAGGGAAAUGCCUCAAGUCUCCAGAGGGACAGCCUGCAGGGAACUCUAGGGGGGGACGCCUCUUCUCGUGAUACUCCAGGACAGAGGACACUCAGAGGGACAGCCAUUGUUGGGUGUGUGUGUGUGUGUGUGGAGGACUUUCAGGUUACACUGGGACACCGACCCUGGUCAUUCUGGGGGUCGACACAGCAGUGUACAGCAGUCCUGCAUCUCCUUGCAGUCAAACUGUCGACACACACACUUGGCUGGGGCAGGCUCUAGGAAGAGUCUCUAUCCCACAUAUUAAAGUUUACAUGGAAGUCCUCGCCCCACCUGCUGCCACGUGCCACGGCUGGGGCUGACUGCAGUCGCACCAUCAGGGAGACUUUCGUCUUCCUGCGGCUGAACACUGCUGCCUCUCCCUGUCUGGGCGACUCCUCCUUCAGGCGAUGGACAGCUGUCCUUCCCCGUGUGACCUUUGUCAGGAGCCUGUCUCGACUCGCAGGAUGCAGGGAAGAUGACGGGCGGCGCACCUCGUUUCCUCUUCCUGUUGAUAUCCUGUAGUGGCCUGGUUUGCGCAAGUAUGAGAGUACUACCGACAACAACAUCACUGUGUGUUCUUUUAUUCCAAAAAAAUAUUUUGGCACUUUUUAUUUUAAAAGCCAUAGUAUAUUUGUUAUGAAAAGAAUAUAAAUAUAAAUAUAUAUAUGUAUACAAUCAAAUAAACAGAUGACCAGAGGCUAGUUUCAUUCAGUGGGGGGAGGAGCUCUCUUACAAAUGUCAUUUCAUCUGCAGUUCAUUUACAUCUGAAUAUCAACCACCAUGAAGCACCCCCCUCUAACAAUCCAGUGCACAACUACAAAAAACAUUAUAAGCAUUUACUACCUUGAAGUAACAAUUUCAUAUCUGUGAUGAUAAAUAACUACGUCCAGGUUGGGCGUAAGGCUCCUGCGCAUGCCCACCAGACAGGGGGAACCAUGCUGAAGCCAAAAUCAGGGCUAUAAUGGCUUUGAUUGGAAUUGCUGUUUUGUUUUUUUAGUUUUUUUAGCAACACACAAUAUCUAUGUGGAUGACACCAUGCUUUUCAACUAUAAUCAUAUCAUGAAAACCAACAUAUCUGCGGUAAUACUUAUCGUAUUGAAGAGGUUAAACUGCUAAGUCAGUUUCCCCAGGCACAGGCAUGUUAUAGUUGAAGAUAUGUGAUGAAUUCAAAACAUGCAAAAUGUGACUUUAAAAGAAAGAAUGCUACUCUGUAAAAGUUUAAUUCAUUACCUACAUUUUGCUCUGAGGUAUAAAAUGACCAUUUCCAGAAUUUAACAGAUUUUACAUGAGCAUCAUGGCAUUGAUUCACAGAGGCUUUGAAGUAAAGCCAGGGUUUUUUCUCCUCCCACUGUUGCUGUAAUGCCCCCCUGCUCCCUCCAUGGCAAGGCAGGGUAAACUGCAUGCUGUGGUAUGCCCUCAGUAGAAACUUGUGAAUGUGUAGGAGCAUUAUUGCAGUUUUGUACUCAAUUGGACACUUUUCUUUGCCACAUCUAGCUGAAGUCUCAUCUUUUGAUUGGUUAUCUUAAAGAUUAUAGAAGCCAUAUGUUUAUGUUCAUUUUUUUGGGGGGGGGGUGUUUCACUGAAUAAACCUUUGUCAGAUUCACUUAGUUUUCUGUUGAGGGUGAGGAUUGAUUGGCCCUCUCUCCGGCCCUUUAAAUGUCUCCAAAGCACGUUUUUGUUUUCACUUGUUUUCAAUGUGGAUCACCUCUCCAGAGGGGGAUGCACAAUGACAUGUUGUCCCUGCGCAUAGACUCAUCAUCUCCUGCUUUUGUGUGGACAGUUGGCUAAAUCCUACUGGUGAGAUCCAUGUGUUUAACUGCAGAUUUUCUAUUAAAAUGCAUGAUUUUAGCUCAAAUCAAGAGUUACCCAUGCAGAUCUCAAAGCAGGAUUUGGUCUAAUCUGUUAUACAUAUAUAUAUAUAUAUAUAUAUAUAUAUGAGUGUGUGUGUGUGUGUGUGUGUGUGUCUGUGUGUGUGUUAUCUCCAAGGGAAAUGGUGUCUUUUGGAUGAUUAAUGAUUUCAACAGUAUAAACAGUGUAGCAAUUUGGUAAACAGCAAUGAUAAGAUCUUAUUUAGGUUUAAACACUCAUGUAAGGGAGGGUUAGCCUUGAAAAUUGGGAAGUGGAAAUCAAGUGUGUGUGUGUGUGUGUGUGUGAACUAUGGGGCAAAGUGCAGAUCACCAUAUUCAUGAAUUCUUUGCCCCUAAUCACCGCUUGUCAGGAGUGGUAAAAAAUCACUUCCACUCUCAUCCCACUUCAUAGCAGUCAUUAGCUUUAAAUUCCUUUUUUCCCCCCUGAAUAGGCCAACUUGCACACGCAGUGUCUCACACACACACACACACACACACACACACACACACACACACACACACACACACACACACACAUCAAAGUGACAGUGUUUCAUUGGUGAUGUACCGUGGGAGGUGAGAGUUUGGGCCUCUGCUCCUCCUCUCUGCUGUUUCUACACUUCUCUCCAUCAUCACCUCCUCCUUUUUAUCACGCCAUCAGCCAUUUAUUGCCUUUUUAUUUUUCUCUCUAUCUCAUUUCUUUAAAAAAAAAACUAAAAUAUAUCAAAUAUAGGGAACUUUAUUAUAAAGAGGGUGUUGCAUGAAUGUAUGUUUACAUGGGAAAAUUAUGUAAAAAUAAAAAAGACGAUUUAUCAAAAAAAACGCAAAGAUAGUUUAAGAACGUUGUUUGUAGAGAUUCCUAGUUAUAAAGGGGCAGUGGACAGGGCUGCGUCUUUAGAAUCUGCCCUGCCAAAUCUGACUUAAUCCCAGCCAACCAGCUGCUCUCCAUCAAACCCCAGCCCCAUCUUCAGCUUAUUUACCCCAUAAUUCCUCCUCAGCUUGCAUUUAUACUCCCCAAUAAAUGGAAAAACACCCUCCAUCCUCGGUGCACCUAUAAAGGAGGCUUUAGGACCUCAUGACCUCAGUUACUAACGUCCUGGAUCUAAGUCCAAAGGAAAAGUGUCGGGCGCACUCUGUUCACUUGUCGGGGAACACCUUCAAUACUUGUCCCUCUCCCCUGUCAUUUUCUUUCCACCUUCAGCCUUUUUUCCUCCAAAACGCAUUAUUAUUCUAUGUUUUGAAUGUGUGUUCCUUUUUGAAAAUCUCGUCUGUGUGCACUUACAAUAUGAUAUGUUUGAAAUGCCUAAAGAGUGAAGCAGAAUUAUAGGAUUGAAAUGAUCUUAUACUCCAUACUGACCUCUUAUUUUAUUUUGUUUUUCUUGUCUUUAUGUUUCUGUUGACAUAUGAUGCUGUAAUGUUGGCAAAAAAGAAAAUGUAAAAUCCUGUAUCAUUUAUGAAAUAUGUAUAAAAGAGAAAUGUAAUUCAAUAUCAAUAAAAUCCUUAUCCAGUUUUUGGA